UCGGAAACGCCAGUGUGUUUAAUGAAAAAUUCAAACUUUGCUUGCUCCCGAGUUAUUUUUAUCGAAAUCAAUCUAGGAGUUUGAACCCUAAAUUUGGGAUUUUUUUUUGUUUUCGACCUUUCAGUUUUGUGGGAUUGGUUUUAAAUUAGUGUGUAGGGUUAUGGUUACUUCUAUUUCAGAGCAGUAAUGAGUAACCACAAACGCAGCGGUGGUUUAAACCCUUGUGAAAACUUCAGUUUCUUCAGCUUAUUACGUUCAUCAAGAGUCAUGGCUCCUGGAAAUUACCGUUACCCAGAAGUGAAAUCUCCGUUGCGGAGACAAGUUCAUGGGCCUUCGCGGAUUCUGAAGAGCGGCCUCUCUUCUAUGACAAGAGGGGUAGGUCGGGAUCUUAGCACACGGCAGGUUUCUGGUAAUGGGUUUGGAGCUUCUUUUCUCACAAGGAACUAUGACUUGUUUAAAAGAAAUGCAAUUGAUUUGCCUUUGCCUUAUAGAACGGAUAGAGAAGUGACUGAUGCUGACGAUGAGUGUAAAGAUGUGGAAAUGAUAUCUACUGAUACUAGUAUGGAGAGUGUGGAAAACGUGGCUAUGGAGGUGGAAGAGAAGGCAGAGAUGGGGAAUAGAUUAUUUUCUGAGGUUGUUAAUCUGAAAAAUGGGAGCUUGAUGGUGGAUGAUGGUUCUCAAGCUAAUAGUUCAUUUGUUUUGAAUCACCCUGUGACUGAUGUUACGAGUUAUGAAGCAUACACAAAGGUUGUCAAGAGUGCUGAGAACCGGACUUCUAAACUGAAAGACAAAGGCUUUGGUGAUGUUGUGAAAGAGAGAGGCCGUGCUUUACUGCGAAGCUUGUUUUCUUUUUCUUUUUCGUUUUGGAAACAAAAUGAAGAACCAGUAGAGGAUGUACGACGUGAAGCAUUUCUGCCUCUUUCUAGAGAGGAGGAAACAAUGGUCAAGCGUGCAUUCUCGGCUAGUGACCCGACCAUCUUGGUUGCACAUGAGAACUCGAAUAUUGACAUUACAGGGAAAAUCCUGAGGUGUCUUAAACCAGGUGAAUGGUUGAAUGAUGAGGUCAUUAAUCUUUAUAUGGUAUUGCUGAAAGAAAGGGAAGCUAGAGAACCAAAGAAGUUUCUAAAAUGUCAUUUUUUCAAUACAUUUUUCUUCACUAAGUUAGUUAAUUCGAGGACUGGAUACAACUACGGCGCAGUCAGGAGAUGGACUUCAGUGAAGAGGUUGGGCUACUAUCUCAAAGACUGUGACAAGAUAUUUAUCCCUAUCCAUAAGAACAUCCACUGGACUUUGGCUGUAAUAAAUAUAAAGGACCGGAAACUCCAGUAUCUCGACUCAUUCAAAGGAAGGGAACCUAAAAUACUCGAUGCACUGGCUAGAUAUUUUGUGGAUGAAGUUAAUGACAAGAGUAAAGUAGACCUUGAUGUAAGUGGAUGGAGACAAGAAUUUGUCCAGGACCUUCCAAUGCAGAGAAAUGGAUACGAUUGUGGAAUAUUUAUGCUGAAAUACAUAGACUUCUACAGCAGAGGUCUGGAUCUUUGUUUCACUCAGGAACAAAUGCCAUAUUUCCGGGAUAGGACAGCGAAGGAGAUUCUGCAACUGAAAGCUGAGUGAUGAUGUAAGCAAAAUAAGGAAACUCUUGAAAGAAUAGUUUUGAGAAAGGUCUUCCUCUUCAUGUAGAUAGUGUUGAGAAACUUAGAUGAUGAAGCACUUGUGUGUGUUUUGAUAAUUUGAUGUACGUAUUAUAUACAGAAAAGGGUAACACAAUGUGGGUUAUCUGAUUUUGAGGCUUGAUAGUGAAAAUCGAAUUAUUAUUUAAAGAUUCUAUUUUUCACUAUCAGGAUACUCUGAUUUUGAAUUUCGAUAUUAUAUUUGUACUUUUAGAUUAUAUAUAUAAAAAUGAAAGAAAUUUGUUUUUUC